GGCAGCAGUGAGUUAUGGCAUCAAAAAAAGAAAACAUGUUGUAAGCGUUUAUUUUUCGGAAAAUAUAUAUAAUUGAUUUGUUAGUUUAUAUGGUUUUUUUUAUAAAAUGGCUCAUGGUUAUUUUAGAGUGGACCAUUUGGAAAUUGGCACUGAUGUUCCACGAGACAUUUACGUUAAUAAGGAGUUUAUAGCAAAAAAUUGGCUUCACAAAACUGGCACAAAAGUUAUACAUAAUUUAAGCAUGUAUAAUAACGGAAGUGGUUAUAAUGAUCCAAACUAUAAUAGUUCCUAUCCUCCCCCAGGAUAUCAAAACUAUGGAGGGGGGAGUUACGGUUAUCACCAAUCAUAUAAUUCGUAUCCGACUAGUCAAUCGGAACCUGGGCCCCCUGGCGAUGGUUACCCAAACAAUUGGGGACCUAGCACCAAUUAUCAACAGCCUACUGGGUCCAAUGAUGACAGCAAACAAGAUGCCGUCGCCCAGGAAAUGCAGCAGCAAAAAGCGCAGCUGAUGACGCAAAGGGAAGAGUACGUGAAAAAGGCUUCGGUAUUGAAGAGAGAACUAGAGUUGCUGCGCGACCAGAAGCAAGAUUUGUUGUCCGAUGGCUCUAGGGACCGAGAUCUCGAUAUGAUUUUAAGGGAAAACGACAAGUUACAGGAUGAAAUCCAAGGUAAACUGAAGGCAAUAGUAAACGUCAUCGAAAUGCUUUCCAGUAUUAUCAAGGACGGUAAAAAUAUUGCCGAACUGGAGUCGCAGCUGCGUGAAGAUUCUCCAAAAAAUUCUAGGGGUAGUCCGAAUGAUUCGGUUAGAGAAAGUAGAGAUGGUAGGGAUUCCAGAGAUAGAGUCGAUAUCAACAGCCAAAGCAGAUACUGUUUUGUGCACUACGACACCGGAUUGCAUUGGUGCCGCGUCUGCGACGAGUUCCCGGAAACCGCGAAAGACUUUUUGGUCCACCUGCAAACGCCCAAGCACUUGGAGAACGUUAAGCGCGCCGACGCCCCCGACGCGACCCCUUGGCACAAGUUGCCCCCCGAACCGCUCCUGCCCUCGCACGAGGACGCCCCGAAAAAACGCCUGCCCAUCAAGGGCCUGCAGUUUUUCAUCUCCGCGCCCUCGUGGUACUGCAAGCUGUGCGACGUUUGGAUCGGGGAUCUGCACUGCGCGUCGCACCACUUGAAGAGCCAAGCUCAUUAUCAAAACUUCGAGAAUUUCAACGUGCAGAAUCCGCAGUGGGAGGUCGACUGGCUGAAGGACAGGGACAAGGCGAAGAGCAGGGUGGGCCUGGCGGACUCCAGCGACGACGACAAGAAGAAGAAGAAGAAGAAGCUGCGGAAAGAGAAGAAGAUCGACGAGAAAAAGAAGAAGAAGAAAUCGAAGAAGCGGCGCAAAGAUUCGAGCGAUUCCAGCUCGUCGUCGAGUUCGUCCGACUCGAGCUCCGAGGAGGAUCGCGACAAGUCGCGAAGUAUCAGAGUGGCGAUGAGGAACGUGAAAGCUCAGAGCAUAAUGGACGAGGAUCUGUCGGGGAAGUGGAGCGUGCUGGAGCGCUUGGUGGAGGAGCACAAGAUGAAGGAGAAGGAUUUGCGGGAGAAGGAGAAGUCGCAGCAUCGGCAGCCUGAGGACAAGCUGAUCAGCCAGUGGAUGACGGUGUCGGAGCCGCAAAAGAAAGACGUGGACCUGCUGGUGAGUUUGAAGGACCGCAUGAAGGUGAAGCAGGACGUGGAGAAGGCCAGGCAGGCGGAGCUGGAGCGGAAGCGCGCGGAAAAGGAGAGGAUGGAGCUGGAGGAGGUGGAGAGGAAGAAGCGCGAGGCGAAGGACAGAGCCGAGGAGGGGGAGAGGGAGAAGAAGAGGCGCGAGCAGGAGGAGUUCAACAGGAUCCUGGACAGGCAGCGGAACCAGGUCAAGUUCAAGACUUUUAGGAGGAGGAGGUCGGAGAGCGACGAGGAGGGGCAGCACAACCAGCGCGAGAGAGAAACAGAGGAGAGCCCGAGACGGCAAAGAACGGACAGUAACCAUCAAAAAGAGCAGGAAAGUCAACGGGGAAAACCCGAGGAGCGGCGUAGACCCGAGGAGAAGAAGAAACCGCCCCCGCCCCCCUCGUACAAAAAGCUCCCCUUCAUCGGCCGAAUGCCCCUCUUUAAAAACAAAAAACCCGAGGACAAGGUGGAGCGGCACGAGGUCGUGAAGGAGGACUACGAGCCCGUUCGCCGUACGCGAUUCGAACCGGGCAACCUCCCGCGCGCCUUCAUCCCCCGCCCCGACGUCGUCUGCUUCCCCAAACUCUCGUGCAUUCCGCCCCUCACGAUCCCCCCUCCGCCGACGGUGACGCCGCAGGAGGUGCCCGAGCCGCCCAAGCCCCCCUCGCCGCCCAAGAUCAGCAAGAAAUCCCCGCCGCCGCCCCCGCCGCCCAAGAUCGGCGAUCAGCAGCAGGAGGAGUACAACAACGGCGGCGAGAUGUAUCAGCAGGAGCAGAUGAUGGAGAUGUACUACGACUACGGCGAGAUGUACGGCGGUCAGUACGACUAUUCGCAGGAGGCGGUGCCGCUGUCGCACACCCUGCCCCUCGAACCGCCGCCGCUGCCGCCGGACGACGAUCUCGCCAUGCUGGGCAUCUGCGCGGACGACAUGGCCGCGCAAACCUUUUAAAUUUUGUUAAAUAUCGCAUUUUAUGAUUUAAGUUAGUUUCGUAUUGGUGACACUUGUUUCGACUAAUAAAAGUUUGAUUUUAUCAC